AGAAACAACAUGACAGAAGAGCAGGCAAGUCAGCUGAUCUGAUCUGUGCUGAUGCACUCAAGACAAGCCUCUAGACCCAAGUCGCCUUAUCUCAUCCCCUAGCUUAUUGUUUGUGCAGUUAAAUGUCAAAGUUAUGCAAAAGACCUUGGUUAAUGUCAAAGAGUCACUCUUUAAAUAUGCAUGGCAUUUACAGCAUGUAUGAAAGGUAUUUCCCUCCCCUUUGUCUUCCCUGUCAAAGUGAACAUACCGGUAAUCACAAUUAGCAAGAAGUUGAUAGAAAGGAUUUCAGUUUAGUUCCUCGAACAACCAUUUGACUCAGAAGAAGACAACAGUUCAGUUAACAAUUCAGCCCUGAAAUCAGCAGUGGAGCACAACAUUAAGGAACAGAUCGGACUGAUGUCUGUCACCGUGUUCCCUGUGCGCCUGCUCUUCGUGUCCUUCUUCAUGCUGCUGGCCUGGCCCUUCGCUUUCACAGCCGCCUUUGGCCGUUCUGAGUUUGUCAUUGAGCCGCAGUCAUGGUGGAGGAGAUUUGUAGACCUGUGCUUGCGAGUCAUCAUGCGAGCCAUGUGGUUUUGCGGCGGUUUCCACUGGAUCAAGGUCAAAGGUGAACGUGCGGCACCGUCUGAAGUUCCUAUCCUCACCGUGGCGCCGCACUCCUCCUACUUCGAUGCCAUCCCCGUCACCAUGACCAUGUGCUCAAUUGUUGCCAAACUGGAGAGCAGGAGCGUUCCAGUCUGGGGCACUCUGAUCAGCUACAUCCGGCCAGUGUUUGUCUUUCGGUCGGACCAGAAUUCCAGAAGAAAAACCGUUGAGGAGAUCAAGCGGAGAGCACAGUCCGGAGGGCAGUGGCCUCAGAUCAUGAUAUUUCCAGAGGGAACGUGCACCAACAGAUCGGGUCUCAUUUUGUUCAAGGCUGGUGCUUUCAUUCCUGGACUCCCAGUGCAACCAGUGGUGCUACGCUACCCAAACAAACUGGAUACUAUCACGUGGACAUGGCAAGGUCCUGGAGCUUUCAAGAUUUUGUGGCUCACUCUGUGCCAACUACACAAUCCUAUAGAAAUAGAGUAUUUACCAGUGUACACUCCAUCAGAUGAGGAGAAGGAAAACCCUGCCGUGUUUGCCAGUAACAUCAGAAAGAUAAUGGCAAAGGCACUAAAUGUGCCACUGCUGAAUUUCUCUUUUGAAGAUCGUGAGAUCGGCUUUUCAAAGGGUCCGCUGCAGAUAUAUGACUACCACAGCCUGCUGGAGUUCAACCAAUUGGUGCGGAGCUUAGGCUUGAGAGCAGGAACUACUAACAAAUUGCUAGAGGAUCAUGCCAGAAGAGCCAGAAAGCUGCACGCUGACAAACUAGGGUUGGAGGGCUUCGCUCAGUUCCUUGACCUGCCAGUUACACAGGCACUGACACAAGUCCACAGCCUCUUUGACAAGCAUGGAGAUGGACAGAUAGACAUCAGACACUACGUCAUCGCUCUGUCUACUGUUCACCAGCCGUCGAACUCACUGAAGACCCUCAGGUUGGCUUUCAAGAUGUAUGAAAGCGAGGAGAAUGGGGAAGUCCUAGAGACGGAGCUCGCCGACAUCUUGGAAAUAAUGCUCGGACUGAAGGAAGUGGAACUGUCACGUCUGUUUUUAGCGCUCGGUAGACAUGACACAGGGAAGAUCGCAUACGAUGAACUUCACCAUUUCAUAGAGCAGCAUCCGCAUUUCGUCAGGGACUACCUUGACUUCAAAGGCGAGGUCAGCCAGCCUCAGAGCUGCAACGGCCACAACCACAAAAAAGAUCAGUGAAUGACGAACUUUAAGGUUUCUGUUUUAACAGCAAUGCAAAAUGCUGCUUCUUGCCACCUUGUGCCUUUUUAAGUGCAGGUAAAGAUAUGGUGGUUUAGUUAAGCACAGAUGCUGGGAUCUGAAUUUUUCCUCCCAAUAUUGUUCUCAUUAUAAUGAACAUGUUUUUACUGCUUUUCAAAUGUGUUUCAUUUAACUUUACAGCUAUUUAAGACAUUCACUGAAAUGUGUUUUUUAGCCCUCACUUUGUUUUGAAGGUAACACUGCUGAUCUCAGGUAUUUCCCUGUUGUGGUGCUCAUACAACCUUUAUAGACACACGUGGGCCUUACUCCUAAUAAAUGAUGAACCUGACAAUAACCAAGCACAUGACACAAGAACUGUAGACGAACAGCGGCGUUUCAGAGAAAUUCUUAAUUUUGAAGCAAAAACCCUCAAAAGAUGAGCAACUGAUAACACCACCUAAUUUUGCAAAUGUUUUGUAAUGUUGACCUCUUGGUCAGAUAACGCUUGUAAAAGAGAUCCUGAUCUCAAUGGGCUUUUAUCUGGUUAAAUAAAGGUUAAGAGAUCACUGCUUGGUGCACUUGGUGAUGCCACUUAAUCCUGCCUCAGGGUGUGAUCAUUAAAUAGUUACAAGCAUAGGAUGCCAUGCUGUUGACUUUUAGGCGUGUGUUAACUUCUCAACCUAAAAGUAGGACCAAAUAUGCAAAGCAACCUUCAGCCAUGUAUUAUUAGAAUCUCGGAGAAACUUGAUACAGUGGUUUAAUUUCUGAUGUUGCCUUUUGAUUUAAAGUGACUUUUUUUUUCCUUUGGUGCCUGAAUGUGAUUUUACAGAUGGUUUGACAAAUAAUAAAAUGGCUGAAAUAGGAUUUCUCUUCCACUGCAGUCUAGUUCUGUAGAGACUGAAUCAUUGUUGAUCAAUAAACCUUUUCCAGCAAACAACAAAGAUAACAUACGAUGUUUGGCUCAUCUCAGAUAAUUUUUACUGGACUGAGUGAUUUACUUCAUUAUGACUGCCAUGUUUCUGUAAUGCUUCAUUUCUCAAUAGAUGUCAUGUGUUGAGAAAUCAAAGCUUUAUUUUGCUAAUAAAAUACAUGUAGUUUUA